CGCUUAGCUUAGGUAUUGUUAGUCACGGCCCUCAUUGCACGGAGUGCGAUCGUGUUUUCGUUUCAAACGGGAAAUCGAUUUAUAUAAUACCAGGUACAAAUAAAUUUGUUUAAAAUAAAAUAAAUAUUACGUCAGCUGUUUUGGAGGAACGCAACAAUUUUACCCAUUAAUAGAACGUUUAUUAUGCGAUUAAAAAAAAUCGGCAAAUCGUGAACUUGAAAGUGUGUCUUGUUAAUUAAGAAAGUCGGACAAUAGAUUUAAAAUGACUUCGCUAACUAUGACUACCACGCUUACUAAUGGACAUUGCAAUGGCAAACUGGAGACCACAAUCAACGGCUAUAAGAAAAAUGGUAUAGUGAGGCCAGAACCAAUAGAAGCUUCUUCAAUACGGACAGCAGCACCCUUCAGCACGGACCCCGCAGCGGUCGCGGAGAGGGAGCGAUGUCACUACGGGCGCAUCCCGCGGGCGGUGGCUCUGUCGGGUACGGCGCCGCGCAAGGUGCGCGUGUACUCAGAUGGCAUAUACGACAUGUUCCACCAGGGCCACGCGCGGCAAUUGCAACAGGCCAAAACGGUCUUCCCAAAUGUAUACCUCAUUGUUGGAGUGUGCAACGACAAGUUAACACACAGCCGAAAGGGGCGUACCGUGAUGACGGAGGAUGAGCGGUACGAGGCGGUCAGACAUUGCAGAUAUGUGGACGAGGUGGUCCGUGACGCACCGUGGGAGUACGACGAGGAGUUUCUAGAGAAGCACAAGAUAGACUUCCUGGCGCACGACGACAUCCCCUACACGACGGAGGACUGCGAGGACACGUACGCCAUGAUCAAGGCGAAGGACAUGUUUGUGGCCACUGAACGGACAGAAGGUGUAUCAACGUCAGAUAUCGUGGCGCGAAUAGUGCGCGACUACGAUAUCUACGUACGGCGGAAUCUCGCGCGCGGCUACUCGGCCAAAGAGCUCAAUGUGUCCUUCCUUAACGAGAAAAAGUUCCGCUUGCAAAACAAGAUGGACGAAUUGAAGGAUAAGGGGAAGAAGGUGGGCCUAUCGGUGAUGACGAACAUCGGCGAGAAGCGCGUGGACAUACUGACGAAGUGGGAGGAGAAGUCUCGCGAGCUGAUCGACGCGUUCCUGCUGCUGUUCGGGCCGGACGGGCGGCUGUCGAGCAUCUGGAACGAGUCCAAGGGGCGGCUCAUGCAGGCGCUCAGCCAGCCGCCCUCGCCCGGCUCCUCGCCGCCGCCCAGCGAGAACGGCGACGACGAACCUGACCACCGACGUUCAGUAUCGCCCCCGCCGCCGAAGUCGCGCCGCUGCGAGCCGUGGGAACCGCACGCAGAUGCAUCGAGCUCUGAGCGCAUUGGCGACUCGGAAGAGACAACACAGCGCCAGCUGACAGACGACGGCUCCGACGACAGCGACGAUGAUUUCCAAGAUCCGAGCCCAUAUCUCACCUAGGAGUUCGCCCCUCUGUCCAUCAGUGAGCAAGACUGGCCUUGAUCUACCCGAAAGAAUUUAAAAAAAUUCGUUCGUUAUAAAUCAUAACAAAUUAUGUAAAUUUAUUUUACAACCUAUAUUAAUAUACAUAGUUCUUAAUCUUCUACAAGAUACAAUGUUACAAGAAUUAAAUGUUUCUUAGUUUGUAUCAAGCGUGGUGAUAGCGUAAUUUGAAAAUACUUUACAUUUGUAAAUUGAUAGACGUUAAUGGGGUGAAAUCAUGGUCAAUGCUACAUGAACUUAAUGUCGAUACUCAAUAGUGGGAUUGUAUCAAAGUAUUUUUAUACAGUGUACGUCCAUAGACAUCGAAAAGAUUAAAGCGAUGGAUAGUCGCGAGCAUUUCUCUGGAGCUAAUGUUAAGUUAUUUAUGUCAUGGCUUAUGUAUGUCUGCUGUUGGAACAGAUGAGUGAAUGUAUUUAAUCCUAUUAGUUUUAUUAUUAUUUAUGUUAAUAUAAAUUUUCUCAUUAGAACAUUUGGAGCCUUAUGUAGCACCACCAACAAUUUCUAGGUGCAAAGAGUAUAGAUUAUUAUUGUAAAAUACUCUUAUGACAGUUGAAUAAAGAGGUGCUUAUUAUUAAAA